AUGAUGCUGAAUGAAAGCGGGGCUACCGGGGUCUCUUCGCCCCCUCCCCGCCUUGUCCCAGCCCUGAGUGCCGCGCCAGAGGGGUCGAGGGAAUGUUGUGGGCCGGGACACACCCGGGACGACACAAACUGGAGGAAGCGAGAAACGUCACCCAGAACCCAGGGCCCUCUCCUCCCAGCUCCCCGGCGGGCCAGCCCCGCUGAACACUCCGUCCAUAGCGCCCGCUCCGUCCCGGCAGCCCAGGGCUUACGGCCUGACCCCGGCCCUGGACGCUGGCCUGUUCCCUCUCCGGGUCGCUGCUUCAGCCUCCACUUCAGGGACGGUGCACCCGACUCCUACUUCCCUGGGGCGCCUGCGCCCUCGGGGGCGCCCUCCUCACCCCGACGGCCGAGCUCGCGCCCCUCCCGGGACCGUGUGAGAGCGCAAACUUUUGAGCGGAUAAAAACCAAGAGGAGCCGGUCCGGAGCAGAACAUCCUUCCUCACCUCCAGCCAUCUGCAGGCCUGCCCCAGCCCCUGCGGGGGGGAGUUGCUGUUGCCCCCAGGCCGUUGCGCUCACAGGCCCUGACUGGCCAGGCCCACCGCCAUCCACAUCUGCCCAGAAGAGAGCAAAGAAGGGAGGUCGCUCACUCCAGGCCUUGGUAGAGCGGAUGCAGACAUCUGCCCUGAGCCGCUCCCGUGCCCCUACCUGGCCCGGCUGGGAAGGAGGAGCCCAAUUCACUUCUUGGGACCUGGAUGUCUGAGCAGAGCCUGCAGCUGCCGCUGCCGCCUAGAGCCUGACGCUGGAAGCAGCUUCUGCCUUCGGUUCUCCGUGUGCCUGGGCCUCUUCUCUGUUCAGUUUGCUGUUGUGCUUUUGUCCCCUUGCUUGGGGGGUGGGGUGGGGUGGGGAACGGGAAUGAAAGGUUUCUCUCCGUGCCCCUAAUCCUUCCCCAUAGUCCCCCAAACCUCCAAGCAGCGGGUGGUAAGGACCUGCAGCUCCCAGCCCUGCUCAGAAGCAAAUUCAGAUUCUCUCUUGGGCACGGAGGAGCCGCGGAGGCUCCUUCAGGCCUCCCUUGCUCAUUGACCCAUUUUGAGGGCAUUUGGGGGUCAAAAUUGAGCCCAGAUCGCUUCCAUUGGUAUAACAUUAGCAUUUUUUUUAUCACACCAAAGACCCAGACUUCUCGCAUCAAGGAAUAGGUGGUCCUCACCCAGACCUGCACCCCUUCUCUGGCCUCUCAGACCAGUGAUGGUGACGGUUUGGUGAGACGGAGGACUAGAAGGGGGAUGAGCAGUCUGCUCCAUCGAGAAGUCAGUAGCUUCAGCUGCUCAUGCCACCGAUAUUUAUUUAGCACGUAGUAUGUGCAAAGCAUCGCCUCUGCCUCCGUUUGUCACGACUGUCAAAAAGAUUCUUGCCAGUGUGAGGCUUCAAUGAGUGUGGACAAAUACAUAAAUAAACCAAUCACUGGGAAAGAAAGUUUGGAUUCAGCUGAUGUUGCUUACAGCCUUCCAUGUGCCAGUCUCAGAGCCCCUGUCUUCCCAGC